UCUCCCUGUCAUUCAUUCCCCGCCACGCUGCUGUCCCUCGCUCUUAUUCUCACUUCCGCUGCAGUCGUUCAGAGCUCAGGAAGGGAUCACGGCUUCAACUUUUCUCAGUUGGUGCUUGCGUUCUGUCUUCACACACAGUCCAACACCCACCUCCUCCAGCUCUUCCUCGGUAAUCAGCGAUUCAUUAUCUACAAGCGGUAAACUCGGAGGGAUCCACGUGUUCCUCUUUGUCCAGAGGGUCUCUUUGUAUUUGCAUGAAAGCGUUACAGGGUCAUCAUGUCUGCCGAAAGCUCAAGUGAUGCUCUCCUCAAGGAGAUCUUGGAAGGUCUCCACUCCUUGCGCAAGGAGAACUCCCAGCUUGCGUCAGCCGUAGACGCCAUCAAUGGCCGUGUGAACAUGUUGUCAGAAAUCAAGCAAAUCAAGGAUGAGGCAAAGGGACAGCCCCAACCUUCCAACGGUCUGCUUGAGAAGGCCAAACAAGCUGUGGCGAGUGUGUCGGAGAAGGCCGCAGAGGCCGUCAGUACACAGUAUGAGGAAUCACCCUCUGUUGCUGAUGCCCCUCCUCGUCGAGCCAGCGUUUCCAAGACCUCCAAGAUCAUCUUGACUUCGUAUCCUGGUCAAGCUGGAGUUGACCCAUUGCCUAUGGAAUGGGGUCACAAAGACCCGGCUGUUCGAGGUCCUGUGGUCGUGUCCCGCCAUGCGAAUACCAUCCGGAGGCGUAACGCUAUUGGUGCUCACGGUGGCUCUUACUCAAUCUACCACGCUCUCGCCGUAGCAAGUGGCAAUCUCGACAUUACCCACAAGCCUGACUUUACCAACACCGAGCCUGCCGCAACGAUUGGGCCGUUCCCGCAAUGGAGUGACAAGAAGAAGAUCGUAGCCAUGGAUCCCCUUGGCCAUCUGGCUCCUUGGCUGUACAAGGAGAUCAUGGAUAAAGAUGGUGUCGAGAUCAGGCCUUCCAUUGCCAUUACCAAAGCUCACAUGAAGCUCCCUGAGCUGGAGGACAGCGUUAGGAAGGGACGCCUCGUUCCUGAUGGCAAGAUCUGUUUGAACGAGAGCGGUGAAUUGGCCGUCACCAAAGUUGCCGUUGAGCCUGUUUGGUAUCUCCCCGGAGUCGCCGAACGUUUCGGCAUCGAUGAGGGCACGCUUCGCCGUACAUUGUUUGAAGAGACCGGCGGGUCCUACCCCGAGCUGAUUACGCGCCACGACAUCAAGCUCUUCCUGCCCCCGAUCGGUGGUUUGACCGUGUACAUCUUCGGCGACCCAGCCAAGAUGUCAGACCCGAACGUUCGUCUCGCUCUGCGCGUUCACGAUGAGUGCAACGGCAGCGAUGUGUUCGGUUCCGAUAUCUGCACAUGCCGCCCGUACCUCAUCUUCGGUGUGGAAGAGGCUGUAAAGGAGGCCCAAAAGGGCGGCAGCGGUGUCGUCAUCUAUUUCCGCAAGGAAGGACGAGCUCUGGGCGAAGUGACCAAGUAUCUCGUGUACAACGCACGGAAACGCGGAGAAGACCGCGCGAGCGAGUACUUCAAGCGAACCGAGAACAUCGCCGGUGUCAAGGACAUGCGCUUCCAAGCACUCAUGCCUGAUAUCCUGCACUGGCUCGGCAUCACGAAGAUUGACAGGAUGCUCAGCAUGUCUAACAUGAAACACGAUGCGAUUGUCGAUCAGGGCAUCCCAAUCCACGAGCGUGUUCCGAUCCCUGAAGAGAUGAUUCCGGCGGACAGCCGCGUUGAGAUCGAUGCGAAGAUCCAAGCAGGAUAUUUCACUACCGGUCAUGUCAUGUCAAUGGAUGAGCUUGCGAACGUGAAGGGCCGUGGAUGGGAGGAUAUUGAUCACUGAGCGCCAAAAGCACACCAGGGGAGCUAUCGACUGCCUGCACAUCUUCGUGCACCUCGACCUUCGCCAGAUUGUCAUGAUUGGAUUCAAAUUGACACAUCGCAGUGACCGUUUUGAACACUCGAUAAGCCUGACUCUUAGGUAGACUCCGUUGGCGUGGAGUGUGCAGCAUGCAUCCUGCGGCUCCGAAGAAACAGCGAAAGUGCUCACGCAAGAAAUGCAAGUAGACUAAACAAAUACCUACAUCCAGCG